GUCUGAAAAAAGCAGUACUACUCGUCGGCCAGUAAAUCCUAACACAUCUGAUGAUGAUGACGCUGCGGAAGCAGGUCCAUCAAAAGAAGUAUGGAGCAGCAGAAGUGGCUCUUCUGGAAGACAUCACCACAAGAAACCUGUGGCGGAAAAGAAAGCAAGGUCGUCUGUCCCGGCACAAACACAGCAGGCUACCCCGCCACGAAGAUUAUCGUCCGUAUGUUCGGUGCCCCCACUCCAAAUUAUGGACACACCUCCAAGACGUCAUCCACACUCCCCUCAUCUUGAUUCUUCGAGUCCUGGGACCAGCAUCCCUCCGCAACAACACCAACACAGUGACAUGGAGGAGGCAAACAUCUUAGAAAUGCUGCCAUUAAUGCAAGGAAUGAGCCCCCCAGCACCUGUGAGUACACCACCACAGCAAAGCACACCACCACCACAACACAGCCCAACAACACCAGGAACACAAGGCCCUGAUCAGGUGUUUUGGACUAUUUGGGAUAGACAGCAGGCCACUAAUGAAGAUUGCCUGCGUAAGCAGACACAAAUGUUUGCAAGCCUACAAUCACACCUCAGAAGAAUCUCAAGAAAUCUGAGUCGACAAAAUGAGCAAACAACCAGAAUAGGCAAUACCAUGGAAGUCAUGCGUACAGACAUUACACAGGUCAUGGGCAACUUACAGCGCAUAAUGGAAGAACAGCACAGACUAAUGGAAGAACAGCACAGACAACAGCAAAGUUAUAUGAACAUUUUUCAAAACAGUCAAAAGAUUAAUGAAAGUUUAAUCAGAAUAGUAGACAAUCAAAAUGCUGCAACACGUGAACUCAAUGCCACCCUCACUAACCUGAAUGAAACUCUCAGAUGCAUGCACCAACAGCAAACAACCAGCAGUUCUGGUACGACUACUCCAAAUAUCACGCCAGUCUCAUCACCACCAAGACGGUCCACCAGAGCACGCCAACAUGACAGUGCUAAAGGCAAAGGCCAGGACAAGCAGCCACCCAAAAAAACUUAAAAAAACAAGUUAGACAUUUGUGAUAAUUAACACAAAAUAGUUUGCAAGUGUGUUUGAUGGUUUUCAAAAUAUCACACUUAGCUCCUUGACCCUUUUUUUAACAUCAUUAAUUAUAAGUGGGCCAAAAUAAUAGAAAAAAAUAUUACGCACAUUUAUUCCUUUUCUUUUUUUUAGGGUAUUGGAGGAGGAAAAAGUUGAUGUAGCCACACAUACAUGUUAGCAGGAAGUAAACUGACCACUUGAUUUUUUUUCUAAUCAUUACUCUUUCUAGAUUCCAAUCAUUCUCUUUGCCUGCAGAUACAAUAAUUGCCUGCCAGGCUGAAUGUCUUUAGCAGGAAGUAAACUGACCACUUGAUUUUUUUCUAAUCAUUACUCUUUCUAGAUUCCAAUCAUUCUCUUUGCCUGCAGAUACAAUAAUUGCCUGCCAGGCUAAAUGUCUUUAGCAGGAAGUAAACUGACCACUUGAUUUUUUUCUAAUCAUUACUCUUUCUAGAUUCCAAUCAUUCUCUUUGCCUGCAGAC